UCCCAGAGUUUCACUCACCCUUUACGUACCGGUUGAAAUUGUCAGCAGUUACUUAUAUAUUUGUAUCCAAAAUCCUAAAAGCUAAACUCCGAGAGUUAGUCCAGUCGAGGAAUUACGCCUCUCUCUCGCUAUUUUCUCUCGUUGAGCACUCAACUUGUUAUAUUUUUAUAAUAAACAUAAACAGCACAGUAUACACCGUGCAAAGCAAGACGACGACGUUCUUGCGCGCGUCCCUAUAUAUAUAUAUGUAAUAUUCCUUCUAUAUCUUGUACCAUCAUCAUUAUUUCGCUUAUGGUAAAUAUCAGUGUGUAAGUGCAGCCCGUCGUCGUAGAGUAGAUCGCAGCAGCAUCUGAGGAUGCUGGGAGUAUCUGGAGUACAUCGAUGUGUAUCUUCAGUAGCGUUGCACGCCAAAUAUGUCUGUACAUUAUAAAUUUAAAUCCACUUUGGAUUAUGACACAGUAUCAUUCGAUGGACUGCAUAUUUCUGUAGCUGAUCUCAAAAAAGCCAUUUUCCAUCAAAAGCGUAUUGGCAAGAACACAGACUUUGACCUGCAGAUUACCAAUGCCCAAACUAAACAAGAUUAUACAGACGACAACGCUUUAAUCGCCAAGAAUACAAGUUUAAUAGUUGCUAGAGUACCAUUGACUAUACAGAAGAAGCAUAAUUGGGACAGGGCAGAAGCACCGACAUUAAACACAUCUAAAGAUGAGAGUUCUAUUUCAAAGUCAGUUGACCUUACCAGGUUGGAUGGAUCCGAGGAAGACAAGAUCCGGGCGAUGAUGACCCAAUCGACCCAAGAUUAUGAUCCUUCCAAUUACAUGAAAAUUCGUGGUUCUAAUCAAACUGGUGAGGUACCUCCUAAUUAUCGCUGUUACAAAUGUCACCAGCCAGGUCAUUGGAUUAAAAAUUGUCCUCUAAGCUCGAAUCAAGAGCCAGUGGAGAUAAAAAAGAGCACAGGUAUUCCUAGAAGUUUUAUGGUCCCAGUUGAGGGACCAUCAGUUCCCGGCGCAAUGAUGACUCCAGGUGGAACUUAUGCCGUACCUGCUAUCGAUCAUCAAGCCUACAAAGAAGGCAAGAAGGAAAAGCCUCCGUUUGCACACAAUCCUGAGCCUGUUGUUAAAAAGAUGGAAAUUCCUGAAGAUCUCGUUUGCACUAUUUGCAAGGAUCUUCUUACAGAUACUGUCAUGAUACCAUGUUGUGGUAACUCAUUCUGUGACGAAUGUAUACGUACGUUCCUACUUGAUUUAGAUGAAGCCUUCUGCCCAGACUGUGGAGAGAAGGAAGUGUCGCCAGACUCUUUGAUUCCCAAUCGCUACCUUCGCAAUGCAGUUAUGAAUUUUAAAAAUCAAACUGGCUAUGCAAAACGACUGGUGUAUAGGCGCCCAAUGAUGCUUAUGAUGCAAAUUUCGAGGCGACUUUUGGUGUCGGAGCCCUCGAUAUCGGAGAAGCUAACUGUGGCGCCCACAACAUCGGCGGCGACACCAGCUUCCGGGGCCGCUGCUUCUCACACAGAGACUGAGGUGAAGGAAGCUGACAAACCUGUUGGUAAAGCAUCACCCUCAUACGAGAAAGCAACAACUGAACCUGAAGUUGAGGCUGAUGUGGCCACUGACAGCAUGACAAAACUUACUGGAGCAGAAGAAGCUGAAGUGCCACCUCCUCCCGGAACUGAGCCACCCUUACUACCAAAGCACUCUUCCGAUAAAUCGUGGAACGAUCGCGAAUCUAGCACCGAAACCAGAGAUGACGAGUACGGGAGAUACUCAAAGAAACGGCGUAGGAGCUUCAGCCGUGAUAAUCACAGGGACAAGUUUACCUUAUUUAAUUGCAGAAAUAUAACCUAUCAUGCAAGAAUGGAUACUAAUAUGAGGCCUGGUAAUAGGAGGCGCUCUCUUUCACCUAGGAAUUCUCAGCAUCCUGAUUACUCGAUGCACCAGACGUCUGGUCCUAAAGGCUACCAAGGUCACAUGGCAGGGGAGAGCCGCUACCACCCGUCGAUGCAUUACGAUCCUAACCUGCGGCGCUCAGUGGAAGACCGAGCUGGCACUCCCACUGUCGACGAGCCACACCUGCAUCCGCCAAGUCACCAGCCAGGCAUGAUGCCAUAUCCACCGACGGAUGACCGAGGUCUGCCGCCAUCGUCGGUCUACAACGCACUACCCCAGCCGGGUCCUCCACCGUCGGCUGUUCCCCCGGGACUCCUGCCUGAUCCGUACAUGCAAGGGCCGCGUAUGCCCAUGUAUCCUCCUCAUCAACAACCCCCACCUCUUCCACCACCUGCCGGUCACGGCUACGUCCCCCAUCCAUCAGGGCCACCCCCUCCGGUCUCGCGGUAUGAUACUGGUAGACUGCCUUAUCAGCCGCCAGGCUAUCGUCCUCCACAGCCCAGGGCGUACAUGCCAAGACCGAUGCGCGGAAUGCAUGGAAGAGGGUUCAGGUCACAGAUACGAUCAAAAUGGGAUUUACAAGUGGGAUACAGGGGUAUGCAACCUUUGCCUCCAGGGAUGGGACGAAACAUGCACAACGGCGCUCAAGGCGGAAUAAUAGACGACCCACUCGAGGUAUUCCAGCGGAUGCUACGCGAGAAAGAUGAGCGGGAUCGGCGCUUGGGCAAGCACCGAAAACGCACGCGGUCGAUAUCGCGCUCGCCACGGAGCUACUCGCGCUCGCGGUCUCGUUCCUUCGGCCGUCGUGGCUCACCGUCAUCACGAGCUAGUCGAUCGCGCUCACCACUCCCUAAGAGACGCGUCACGCGCUCACCGCCUCCGUCGUCUCACAGGGCGCGUAGCCGCACUCCUAAAAAGUCCAGAAGGUCACGUAGCGGAAGUUUCUCGCUCAGUCGAUCCCGAUCGUAUUCUCGAAGUCAGUCGCCAAGAGGAUCUCUUCCUCGUGACAGAGAUCGCGAUCGCAGAGGCAAAAAACGUGACGUGCCUUCUUACCGCUCACCGGUUCGCUCGCCACCAAGGUAUCACAAAGAGCGUGAACGCGGCAGGGAGCGGCGGCGCUCGCGCGAGACCUACGGUAGUUACUAUAAUGACACAGCAGUGCCAGCACCGCACGACUACGGGUCCUCGUAUCGCGAGUCCCGAGUCGAUCGAGCGCCCCGUUACCCAGCCUCGAGUCGUGGACCACCGGCUGCUUCUUCACCACUGCUGCCACCGCCUCCGGGCAUGAUCGGACCGCCGGCGGGUCCGCCCGUCGGUGUUCAGACUAGCGUACCUCCAGCCGUUAUUGUACCAGGACAAGCGCCACCACCACCGAUGGACAGGAAAGACUAUUAUGAAUCAUAUAACAGGUAUCCUGGACCGCCCGGCCAGCAACCGGCUCGUUUCAAAAAGUUUGACGAUGUCGCGCCACCCGGCACCGAAGGAUACUACGAUCUGCCGCCUCCUGGUGUCGAUCACGUCGAGAGACCCAAUUUGGUCAAAGAUCGAACAUCUCCCAAGGACAAGGAGGCAGACAGGUACAAAGAUGAUCGCGACCGACACCGAGAUGACAAAACCCGCAGUAGCCGUGGCGAGCGUGACAGGCGCGAGCGCGACUACGACUUCGACAAGGACAAACACCGCCAUGAUCGGUACGAUAGACGGGCAUCGGAUCACAAGCACAGCAAGCGCAGCUCCAGCCCGUACAACAGCUCCAAGUACAUAGACCUCAAGGACUGCACCCCCGAUCGCUCGCGUGGCAAAAAAGACAAAGACCACGAUGACGGCAAACCCGACGAGCGCAAGAAAGAAAAGAAGAUCAAGGAGAAGAAAAAGAAGAAGGACAGCGACGAGAAAGAGAAGAAGAAGAAAAAGAAGAAGGAGAAGAAACAGGCCCUCAUACAAAAGGAGGCGGCAGCCGCAGCAGCAGCAGCAGCAGCCGCGGCGGCGGCAGCAGCAGCAGCCUCGGCCGUCGUCAGUUCCUCCACGACCACGACUCUGCCCGUGAAAGUCAAAGUCAAGGAGGAGCCACAGUCCGGAGACGAGGCGACGACGAAUCAUCAGCCACCCGUUGUAGCCAGUGCGAAGGUCACAACCACACCGGUAGUAGUAGCAGCAGCACCACUACCACCACCACCACCACUACCGGUAGCUCUGCCCGAGAAGGUGGUGGUGAAAACCGAGCCCGUGGACGAGCCGAAAGUUGAAGUGACCGUCCCCGAUGUCAAGCCUUUGGAAGAAGCUCAGCUGCAGCCGCCUGAGACUAAGCUUGGAGAGAAGUCGCCCCAGCAGCCGGUCGCCGAGCCGGACAGCCAAGCCACCGAGCCCGAGCAGGUGAAACAGGUCUCGGAAAGUCUCUACGCUGGCGUGGUGGACGAGACAGAAAUCACCACCACCACGACUGCUACUACUGCGCCUGCGGUGGUCCAGCCUGAGGAGAGCAGUGAAGCUGCUCCGGAGCCCGUCGAAGGUGGCAAGGAGGAUAUCGAGUUCGAGGAGAAAGCGGCGAGCGUUGGUUCGCCAAAGAAAGAGGAGUUCCUGGCGCCUCUGCCCGAACUGUCUAAAUGGGAGAGGGACGAGAACGCCGAGAAGUUGGACGACAGCGCCAAUACGCCCGAGAAGGAGCCCCCCGAGGCAGACGAUAGCAAGAGCACGAAGAUUGUUACGACCGAGGUGCUCAAGAGGGCCGAGAACGCCAUCUUCCAGAAGGCCAUCAAUGCCAUCAGGCCUAUCGAGAUCAAGAAGAUCAGCGACAGUAGGAAGAUCCUCUAUCAGAAUCCAGAGCCCAAGAUCCUCGAGUCCGAGGUCGAACCUUCGCGUAAGAGCGUCAACGUGACGAUCAACGUUGACAAGAACCAGCGCAACGUCGAGCUCAUUUCGUCGGAGCCCCUGAAGAAGUCGUCGAAGCUGGAGCGCUCAAAGUACAAGGGGAGCUUGCAGGUGUCACCCACUCGGUUGUCGGUGAAGGAGCGCCUAGGUGACAAGGUCGAGGACGAGGCGAAGAUGGCCAACAUCAAGUGUGUUGUCGAGCAGCGGCGCAUCGAUACCGUCACUACCAAGGGUGAGAUCACGCCCAAGAGCGGAAGAUCACCAAGGAUCGCCAAAGACAGAAGGAUAUCCCUGUCGAUCGAGAACGCGCCCCUCAUACCCAACCCUGAGCGCAAGGUUUACGUUGAAGACCGCAGGAAGAGGGACAGGUCGAAGCCUGACUCGAUGAUGGUUGAGGAAUCCGUGAGAAUCCACGAUAGGUCAGAGAUGACGCGCAAGACGGAGCGCAUAACGCGCACACCUCCGCAGCCACCGGCGUCUUUCAAGCAGCAGCAACAUCAGCGAGUCAAAGAGAAGGAUAAGGAAAAGCACGAGGACGAAAACAACGAAAAAGAGGAGCGCAAGCGAGACAGGAAGAUCCGAGACGAGGCGAAAAAGCGCAAGAAGGAGCACCAAAGCCGUAGCAAGUCGCGCGAGCGCAAGCGUCGCAAGGACAAGAAGCACAAGCGCGGACGUAGCAGUGAACGUCGGAGCAAGCAAAAGGACAAGGAAACGCCGGCCAAAGACAAGCCAGCUGCUGAGAAUGACAAGGAUAAGGGCAAGGAGACGGUGUCCGUGACGAUAAGCAAUUCGGUGGACAUGGGUAAUACCGCGGUCGAGGGGCACAAGAGGCAAAGGAGGAAUCCUAAAUUGGUGCCAGAUAAGAAGAGGAGCCUCGACGAGGCUAACUUCGAGCCCGACUACUCGGCCUCGGAUUCUGACUCCGAUGAUGAUGACAUGGCCACGCGCGUGGCUACCAAGCGCGCCAAGGUUGACGAUAGUAUCAUCAACGUUGACGCUGAGAAGCCGCCUAAGAAGAAGGCUAAGUUGCCUAGCAGCUCAGAGAACGAUGACUCGAGCAGUACGGAUAGCUCGUCGUCGGAGAGCGACAGUUCGGUGGAGUCUCACCGAAAGAAGAAACGCAAACACAAGAAGCGCAAGAAGCGCAAGGCUCGUCGAAACGACAGUACCUCAGACUCGGACGCUUACUCAGACUCGUCGGACUCGAGUUCGGAGGAGGAGAAGCAUCGUAAGAAGAAAAAGUCCAAGAGCAAGAGCAAGAAGUCAAAGAGCAAAAAGAAGUCGAAGCACAAAUGACGAUACUAGGUGCACCAUACCGAGCCCAAAGUAUCCCCUUCGAGUCAUUUGCUCCCUGUGCUCACUUCAGUAGAUGCAUAAAAAUUCUUUAAAACAGAUUUUAUGACGGGCGGAUGCACGUGUUUGUGUUGUGCGUUUGAUACAAUAGACUUUUAAUCGAGAAAAAAAAAGAGAAUGUGUAUGUGUACGUGUGCUUCUCUUUAAUUUGUAUAAUACGUUGAACAGUGAUUAAAAAUGCAGUUAAUACGCAAAUUACACGCGCAAGACGUUUCGUUCCGCGGCACUAACUAUUCAGUGGAGUGCGGUUUACAUGUAAUUUUAUUAUUA